AUGUCUUUUGCCGAGAAAAUGGUGUUGGCUGUGUUUGGGUUCUUGAUCGUAUUAUGGAUGACAAGAAGAAUCACGGAUGACAUUCCGGGAUGGGGAGCAUUCUUCCAUGGCCUUGUUGGUGAUGGAAGUGUCAGUGUUAUGGUGGCUGUGUUAUUGUUCAUAAUCCCAAACAAGAAACAAGAGGGAGAGAAGCUAAUGGACUGGAAUGAAUGCAAGAAGUUACCUUGGAACCUUAUUUUGCUUCUUGGAGCUGGGUUUGCUCUAGCUGAUGGAGUCCAAUCUAGCGGCCUAGCAGAUGUGCUUGCCAGAGCCCUGGAUUUCUUGGAAGAUGCACCAUACUGGGCCAUUGCUCCUGCAGUUAGUCUCAUGAGUAGCAUAAUUACUGAGUUCAUCACAUCUAAUGAUGCCACUGCCACACUUCUUAUCCCACUUCUAUAUCACAUAGCCAGGACUAUGCACGUACAUCCUCUUCUUCUUAUGGUCCCAGGAGCAGUAGCAACUGAAUUUGCUUUCUUGCUUCCAACUUCAACUCCGUCAAAUGUAGUUGGAUUUGCCACUGGCCAUAUUGAAAUCCUAGACAUGCUCAAAAUUGGUCUGCCACUUAAGGUUGCUGGGAUAAUUGUGCUCUCAAUUCUGAUGCCAACUCUAGGAGCUAUUGUUUUUGGAACAGAUCACUAUGUUCAAUGGAUGCCAAAAAACUCUCCCUGGUCCACGAAUUGA